CACUAUUUGCAGGCUAGUAUUCGAGUACGAGGAAACGGCCACUCGAAUCAUUGGUGUGGAGCAGUGAUUAUUUCUCCUUUGCACGUGCUCACGGCUGCUCAUUGUUUAGAAGGAUACAAUAAAGGAACUUAUUUCGUUCGUGCCGGUGAUUAUAAUACAGAGAUAUCCGAGGGAACGGAAGUGGACGCCGACAUCGAGGAUUAUUACAUUCACGAGGACUUCCGUAAAGGCCUUCGAAUGAACAACGAUAUUGCACUCGUGUUGCUGAAGAGACAAGGGACUUUGCCUCUUGGCAAAGAUAUUGUACCCAUUUGCCUGCCAUCCGAGGACAUCGAAUAUCAGCCAGGUCUCAAUUGCACCAUCAGUGGAUUUGGUAGUAUCCAGACUGGUAUAUCAGCUCAUUCCAAAGAUCUGAGAUACGCUUGGAUACCGUUAUUAGAUCAAUCUGUCUGUUCUGCUGACCACGUUUAUGGCGAGAGUGCAAUCAACGAUGGAAUGGUGUGCGCUGGGACCCUCGAUGAGGGUAUUGACACCUGCGAUGGAGACUCUGGCGGACCAUUGGUGUGCUUGGACAAUGGUGCUUUCACGUUGUAUGGGCUUACCAGUUGGGGACAGCAGUGCGGAAAAGCCAAUAAACCCGGUGUUUAUGUCAGAGUAUCUUACUAUCGUGAAUGGAUCAAUCGGAAGAUUAAAGAAUCUCUCGUAGGAAGAUAGAAACUGCACUGGGAUUUCUACCAGCAUGGUACAGUUUGAUUGCAAAAAGAAUCUUCAUUUGUAUUAUUAUCUCAGCUUGACCUGAGUGUCUGCGAUACUUAAAUCGGAUACUUAUCACACAUCGAAUGAUCGAUUCAUACGAACCUGUCUUAAAAUCAUAUUUUUGUAGAUAAUAAGUUAUUGCAAAGCGUAAUAGAGAAUAUACGAAACGUUAUUAAUUAUUUAAAUAGAAUUACGUGUUAAUUGUUAAAAAAUGUUGA